CCCUUGAUAAAUUCAAUACACUCAUAGAUCUCGGACGGAUCACAAUACUCCGCUCUCCAGGCAAACAAAUAAUACAAAAAUCAAAAAUCAAAUACUUUAUACGCAACAUACAUUUCUGACAAGAUGAAUCGUAUUCUGGAGGAUGUCAUCCAUAAGAACGCCGCGACCGUCGAACGCAUCACGAGCGAGAAUGCAUCUGGAUACGUGGUGGCAGACAAUACGGCCAAUGCCGUGGCCGAGACCUCCUUCGACAACACCGGGGCCCAGGCGAUCGUGAAGCACUUGCACGGGGUCCUCGUCAGCUCGUGCCAGAGUGUGAUCCGGGACCUGGAUCCCACCAACAAGCUCUGCUUCCUGCGGGUCGCCACGCGCAAGUUCGAGUAUCUGGUGGCCCCCGAGGAGUAUUUCACCAUAACCGUGGUGCAGUAGCCGGCUGGAGCUGCAACUGAAUCGGGAUCGACUGGAGGAGGCGUUCGUUUUAUUAUCAUGUUAGAAUCAACUGUUCCGUGUGUGCGUGUGUGUGUGGGUCCAACAAUAUAAUACAAGGAAGGGCAUCCUGCCGUCGUUUAUGGGGUAACGAUGAGCUGAACCUGAACCUGAAUCCUUUCAAAUGCUAA